AUGGAGGAAGACGAGAACACCCGUCCCGCCAGUCGGUCACCCGAACGAGCCGAAGACCAGGAAAGGCACCAUGACGACAGCACAGCAGCACCAGACGCCACCGUCCAGGUGCUGUCCGAGAUACAGAAUAUCCCCUUGCCGCAAUCGCAACCGCGCACGCCCCCCGACGACAGCAGCUUUGUCGACACCACCAAGCUUGACCGCGACGACGACGACCAUGUCGAUUCCAUGACCGACGAGGAGCAGGUCAGGGCACACCUGCAGGACGUCGAGUCGAGCUUCAUGCCGCCCAUAUCACCCAUCCGGGUCACUGGCCCUGAAGGCGGCAUCGACGAUACUUACCUCUUCGAUGGCGCCGCCAACAAGCCCUCCGCGUCCGAUGCCCAACCACAGUCGCAGCCACAGUCGCAACCACAGUCGCAACCACAGUCACAACCACAGUCCCAUCCAUCCCCAUCCACGACCCCGACGCCGAACCAGACCGAGCAAUAUGAGAUGCCUGGUUCUUUCGAUACCGCCACAACCACCCCGAAACCCAGCCCUCCCCGCGAGUCAGCGCACGCCACACCCCAAUCGGAAGAAUACUCGUCCCUGCCAGAGCUCCAGCCCGAUGGCUCUCAAAUUGCCGACGCAAGCAACACCACAUCGUCCCUCGAAAACCUUUCGUCUUCUCCCACGGCUGCUGUUGCUGCUCGUGCCGUAUCUAACGCUAUAUCCACGGCUGGCAACGCUGCCGGCCCGGACACCAGCAGCCAAUGCGAAAGUACAGAUGUCUCAGCACAGGAUAGCUCCGGCAUGCAGGGUCCCAAUGAUGGGUCUUUCUCUGCUGGUGCGCCUACCAUGCACAGCCGGAGCUCUGAACUGAACCUACCCAGGCUCUCCACCAAUACCGAGAGCCUCUCAGGCAACUCCCUCAAGGUCGGAAAGCGUCCCAAGUAUCUGCGCAGCAGGAACGGCAGUGAGCGGUCCUCCACCUCUUCAUUCCUCACCAGCGACGAUGUCGACAGCGACACGACAGUCGGCCUGGGCGCCGACUACGCUCUCCAGUCGGGCGGUGCUGUUCCUGCCUUUGGCUUGACGCGCAGUGUCAGCAACACCUUGUCUCGCUCAAUAAGCAUGGGCAGCGUCGCCUCUGGAUUCGACGACGGCCCCGAUGCCGCGCGACUCGACCCCUUGGAGCCUCUCGAGGAAAUCGAUAGCCCACGGUCCGACCAGCGCCAAGACGACCUCCUGACGACCCCAAAGGCAAAAAGGGGACCUCUCAACGCGCCUACGGAUACCGUUAUUGCCAGACAUGUCCGCAAUGUGGAAGUGCCCGAGUCGCUCGCCGAGGUGUACAAGACGAAGGGUGGCCUAUCCACGCCCCUCCAACCGUUUCGGAAGAUGUCGGAUUAUACUCCAGCACCUAGCACCGCUGCGCGCAGUGGGAAGAGCUUGACGCUCAAGGAGCAGUCGAGCACGAUCGAGCGUUUGUCCAAGGAGAACUUCGAUCUCAAGCUGAAGGUCAUGUUUCUAUCCGAUCGCCUGGACAAACUAUCCGAAGAAGGUGUUAAGGAAAUGAUCUCGGAGAAUGUCGAGCUUAGAACGGCCUUGGCAGUCACACAGAGGGAUAACAAGAUCUUGAGGCGGCGGGUGAAGGAGUUAGAGAAGCGGCUCCGCGACGAAGAAGACCGCCCGAGUACCGCCAAGAGUGGGUAUUCGUCCGAUGGGCAAGCGACCUCGGCUUUCAACCAGGAUGCUCAAGAUCUCGAAACUGAAGUGGUAUAUCUCCGAGAACAAGUUGAAGAAUACGCGAACGAAAUGGAGAGGCUGCGGACCGAGAACAUGUCCAAUCAGUUCGAGAAGAGGAAGCUAGCGGAGACAGUCAGGUCGAUGGGAGACCGGAAUAGCGAGCGUGCCGGCGAAGGCCUCGGUAGACAGGAAGAGGCAGACCUAUGGAAGGAUCUGCUCGAGCAGGAAACGGCCCGCCGUGAGCAGGCGGAUGACGACAACAGGAAACUUCGCGACGAGAUCUUCCGCAUGAAACAAGAGGUGAAUGGGACUGCGCCGAGCGGCGGUGGGCUGCACCACACCACAAACAUCUAUAACAUCACACGAAAGGCCAAGCCGGUGUCACCAUCCAGGUCGCGUCCCGUAUCUGGUCUAUCUGGAGAUAUUGACCAGGGUAACUCGCUGAGCCAGUCGGGCACCUUGGUGGAAGAUAUUCGUCGGGAAAGCGAGCAGCUGCGCCACGAGAAUGCCGAGCUGCGAAGAGAGGUUGGAGCGCAAACGUCCAUGCUGACGUCGCGGAAUCGUGAAAAAGAGCGGCUGUACCAAGAGAUCGAAGAGCUUAAGCUGAUCCAGCGGCGAGGCGGGCCAGCAACAUCCACCGUGGAUAGUCUUCUGGACCGAUCGGCAUCCAGGGUUGGUGCCAGAGCUGGUGCUCAUGAACGAUCGACCUCAAGGGGAAGCGCCCGCACGAGAUACACCACCACUGUGGAAGAUCCCGACCGCGAAGAGCUGGAGAACAAGAUGGCAGAAUACCGUGACAAGAUCAACGAGCUCAAGUUCAAAAACCAAGAGCUCCAACGUGAACUCGAGACAUCCAUGACCGACUUCGAGGCGGCCAUGGAAGGCUGCAGACAAGCAGAGGACAAUGCCGCCAGCCUGGAGGAAGAACUUGAGAAUCGCAUCAACGAUCUUAUGGCUAUCCAGGCAGAGCGGGAUGAAGCGCUGCAGGAACAAUCAACUCUAGAAAAUGACUUUGAGACGUUGCGAAAGGAAGCCCAGGAGGAGAUCGACGCUUUGGAGGCCGAAGGCGAAGUGAAAUCGGAUGAGAUUCAGAGGCUUCAGCUCGACCUUCAAGAUCGUAACGAGAACUUUGAUGCACUCCAAGACGAAAUGCGCAGCAUGAGCGAAUCCCUGAUCAGACUUGAGGACGACCAAGAUAACAACUUGAGAAGGAUCGAACAGCUCGAGCUGGAGCUAACCGAGUCUAACAAGGAGCUCGAGGAGCUCGAGGCCAAGCUUCUCGAAUCCAACGACAAGGCCCAGCGGCUUGGGGUGCAACAGGAGUCCAGCCAGGGCGAGAUCGCCUUUUUGCGCGAAGAGCAAGAGGGGGACAAGAUUCGCAUAGGCGACCUCGAGGCAGCGAUCGCCAACGCUGAGCAGAGCAUCCGGGACGAGCGCGACCGGUCUAAGGAACUGGAGCAACGUCUCGCUGGUGAACGCAAGCAGCGUGAGAUUGUGGCCGACCGCGAGAAGGAAGAGGUGCAGCAAUUCGUCAACGAGCUCAACCGAGAAGCGUCUACGGCCAAGGAUGAAGCCAGGAAACUCCGCAAGAGUCUGACAAGCAGGGAAGUGGAGGCAACCGAGUGGAAAGAGAGACUUAUGGAGCUGGAGAACAACCUGAGAGAGGCACUAGGAGACUUGAACGGGACACGCUCAAGUCUGCUCAAGUCGAUUGCCAAACUCCAGCGUGAGCUCGAGAACACGGUGCGCGAACUCGACACCACAAAGAGCUCUCUGCUUGAGAAAGACCGCAUCAUCAAGCAGCGCGAUGGCCUGCUCGAGUCUCACGCUCUAGAAUCUCGGAGGCUUGCCGACAUGCUCGACAAGGAGCGCCAAGCUCAUCGCAACACCAAGAACCAGCACGAGACUUUCCAGCGCACGCAUCAACACGUGUCGCGGACUGUCGACAGCCAGGACUCCCGCAUCAUCGAGCUCGAGACCAGUCGCGCGACGGACAAGAAGAGGAUAAUCCAGCUCGAGACCUCGUUUAAGGAACAGCUCGCGGAGCGUAACAACCUCCUCCUUGCCCUGUGGACGAGGCUCUCGUCCCUCUGCGGUACCGACUGGGCCCACAACCACAGCCUGAUUAACGGCCGGGCUCUGCCGUCGCUCGAGUCCAUCUCAACCAUGCUGCCCGGUUUCAGCAAGAACCUGCUGAUGGCCGUCAAGACGAUUGAGGCCAUGGUCGGCAACUUCCAAUCACGUGUCAAGUCGGUCGAGCGUGAUCUUUGGAAGGAGUACCAAUCGCUGGAAAACAACCUCGAGCUAAAAGCGAAGAAGCUUGAGCGUCUCGAGACCAUCAUACGCUCGGGGGUCGCAUCGGGCAGUUAUGAAUCGCAGGCCAAGCUAUCGCAGCUCGAGUCCGCCUAUCGGGCGCUGAAGAUUGAGAAUGCGACACUUCAGCGCGCCAACGACGCGCGAACCCGUGGCGCUGGCUAUUUUGACCGGUCAGUUUCCAGGAAUGCCACCAGCAACGGCUCUCACGAAGAGCUGGUCGGGGGUGGCAGUCCUUCACCUUUAGUGCCAACUGGACCGAUCCGCCAGGACUCCAAGAUUCCCCGCAGCAAGACAACCCAUUUAGAGACCACUACGACUAGCAGAACCAGGAACAGCAGCACGGCUCGUAGCUCCUCUAAGACGGGGGUGGUCGACCUCGAGCGUCUGGGGACUUCCAAUGGCGAUGACGCUGCUGGAAAGGGGGGUGACGAGACCCGAUGGAUGUUCAGGCUGCGCGAACUCGAGCAUAAGCUGAAACACGAGAGGGAAGCCAGAAACAUGGAUCGAGCAUCGGCAAGACAGAGGAUCCAGGAUAGCGAACGGCAAAGCAACGAGCUCGCAGCCGAGCUGGUCCGCGUCAGAAGAAGAGGUGGGGAGUAG